AUGGUGUGGUUGCCACAACAUGGCUUGGGCAACAAGAUGAUCAGCAUAACCUCUGCUUUCCUCUACGCUCUCCUCAAUGACAAAGUCCUACUGCUCUUCUUCCCUGACUACAUGAACGACCUCUUCUGUGAGCCGUUCCCCAACACCACUUGGCUUCUACCAUCUGGUUUCCCUAUCACGCAUGUGACCUCGAUCUUCGAUAAAGAUCCAAAUCGAUAUGGGAAUUUGCUCAGAGAUAAGAUCCUCAGUAAUGACAUGAACAUCACCAAUGCUUCGAUUCCGCUGCUAGCUUAUCUGUACCUUCACCUCGUACAUAACAACAAUGACUACGACAGAAUGUUCUACUGCGAAGAUGGUCAGCUGCUGCUUCGACAGUUCCCAUGGUUAUUGCUGAGGUCAAACCAGUAUUUUGUCCCAGCUUUGUUUCUCAUACCGAUGUUCGAGCAGGAGCUCGGCUUGCUCUUCCCUGAGAGGACGACCGUGUUUCAUCUCCUGGGAAGGUAUCUCUUCCAUCCUUCCAACGCGGUUUGGGGCUACGUAACAAGGUGCUACCAAGCAUACCUAGCAAAUGCAGAAGAAAUAUUGGGCGUCCAGAUCUGGACAUUUGCAGAAGUCGAUCUCGACAAGCACUCGAGUUAUAAAAUGAACUGCGCGAUCUCAAAGAACUUGCUGCCCAGUCUCGAUACGAAAGACGCCGCUGCUCUUUCGGACACCAUCCGAGUCAAACCGAAAGCUGUCCUCGUGACCAGUUUGAAGAGUGAGUACUUCGAGAGAAUAAGGGACAUGUACUAUAGGAAUGCGAUGGCGACAGGAGAGGUGUUCGACAUCUAUCAGCCGAGCCAUGAAGAGAAACAAUUCACAGAGAAGUUGGAUCACAACGUGAAGGCUCUGGCGGAGAUUUAUCUCUUGAGCUUGAGCGACUCAUUGAUUACGAGUCAGUAUUCUACGUUUGGGUAUGUAGCGCAAGGGCUGGGUGGAAUUCGACCGUGGUUGCUCGUGAGGCCCGAUGAUGAGAACCUUUGCCUGCAAUCCUCGACGAUGGAACCCUGCUUCCACUUCCCUCCCUCGUUUGAGUGCAAGUCGAGAAGGGAACUGGACCUCGGCUCCGUGGUUCCAUAUUUGAGACACUGUGAAGACGAGGCCGGUGGUAUCAAAUUGUUUUAUUAG